CAGUCGCAUCUGGUUUCCACCCCUCUUCUCUUGGCAAGAGGGAAGAAAUGAGAACGUUCGUGGUAAUAUGGGUGACUCUUGGUUUCAUUGGUUUAUCUUCUACCAAGACGUCGGUGAACAUCCUGACGUCCUCGAACAGUGUCGACAAACUCAAGGAGGACGAUAUAUUAAACGUGUUCUCGCACAACAAGAGCGACACGACCAAGAAUUUCACCUUCGUUGAGCUUAUCAACAAACUCGGCAAUUACACGAUCGAUUCGCAAAAAAAUGUAUGGAACGACGAUCGGCUAAAAACGCACCACACGAAUCCGUACUACGACGAUUUUUCCGAGAUAAUCGAUCACGAGGCUCGCAGACUCCUUCAAAUUCUUCCCGCUUACGAUCCCGGCGCGGGAAACGUCAGCGCGGAAUGCAAACGACACUCGGAUAUUUUUCACGCGGAACUCGCCAAGUUCACGCUCUGGGCUCUCAAAAUGUAUGACGCAACCGCGAAAAUGCCUUCUGGCCUGUUGAAUGGUAAUGUGAAUCAAUUUGGCGACUUUGACGAGUGUGUCGGCGUUAGAGGAAAAGAUGGGAUUCAAGGACAAUAUUGCCUGGCGACCUUGCAGCUGGACAUCGACCACUCCCGGCCUGAUCUCAAAUACCUGCAUCGUCUUCUGCACUCGCACUACUCGUUUCGCAACAACAUGACCGAUCCGGGUCAUAGGGUGCCACGUUUCACCUCCGUUCACUGGGCCGUGUGCGCACCGGCGUCGUGUACAGCUCAAGACGUGACGGCUUCCUUUCAACAUGCGAUCUCGACGUACACGGCUCAAACCGGCCUGAAGAUCAAACUGAACGUAAACGCGGACAUGUGCCAGGUGAAGAACGAAUUCGUUCCGACAAAAGGUUUCGUUGCUGUUAGUCUCUUCUUCGUCGCCAUAUUCGUCCUGAAUCUCACGGCCACGUUCUGCGAUCAUUACGAAAUACCGACGAGCAAGUUGUUAUCGUCGUUCUCUCUGAAACGCAACGUUCGGAAGCUCUUCUCGCUGGAGAGACCCAAGAACGACAUAGAAUCGCUUCACGGUAUCCGAUUCCUGAACAGCUAUCUACUGAUCUUAGCUCACAAGAGUCUGGCGGUAUUUUUCUUGCCUUACGUCAAUCGGACUUACAUGAGCGAGUCUUUAGGUUCUCGAUGGAGCGUCUUAGGAAGAGCGGCUAGUCUUUAUACCGAUCCGUUCAUCAUGCUAUCAGGUCUGUUAACAACGUACUCGUUUGUAGGAAGAUUGACGAGAUCCGGUACCCUAGACGUCAAGAACGAAUAUCUGUCUCGCUUGCUGAGAAUAAUGCCAAGUUUGGGAGUAUUGAUAUUGUUUUGCACGUACAUAAUGCCGCACAUCGGAUCCGGACCGCUCUGGCCGGUUGUUGUAAAUAGGCAUGCGAACAUUUGCAAACAAACGUGGUGGCGGAAUUUCUUGUUUAUCCACAAUUACUUUGGGUUCGAAAAUAUGUGUCUCACGCAUACGCAUCAUGUGGGAAUAGACACGCAAUUAUUCGCGAUAUCGCCGCUAAUGGUAUUACUGUUGUACAAAAAACCAAAAUUCGGCGCUAUCAUACUCGGCGCGAUAGUCGCGAUAUCCACGAUAUUGAGAUUUUACGUCACGUAUAUCAAACGCCUCAACAAUUACGUGUACUUCAGCUCGUCAAUACGACAGUUGUUCGACACCGCCGAUUAUUCUUACACGCUACCGUCGCACAGACUGACCGUCUACAUUAUGGGCGUUUUUGUGGGUUAUUUGCUCCAGAAUAUACCCAAGAAUUACAAAAUGAGCAAAACAACUCUCUAUACAGGCUGGACCGUGUCCACCUUGAUGUUCUUGAUAUCCUUUGUCGAGCCGUCCAAGAUGGGAUGCAUCAAUUAUGUGUACGAUCCGUUACACGCGGCCAUGUAUAACGCGUUCUCUCCAAUCCUGUGGUGCAGUUUCUUCAUUUGGGUGAUAAUAACCCAACACACCGGCAACUCGAACGGGUUCCUGAUCAGAUUCUUCUCGUGGCGAGGAUUUCUUUUCACCACUAAGAUUAGUUACGCCGUUUACUUAACGCAAUUUCCAAUAUUCUUCUAUAGCGUCGGACAAACCCGUACCGCGGGAACUUACGCGUUCUUCUCAACAAUGAUAAAUCUUCAAGAGGUAGGAUGCAUUUUUGUGAUAUCCACAGUUUUCACACUGCUGUUCGAAAUGCCAUUCCAGAAUAUGAAAUAUUUGUUGAAAGCGUCGCAAGAUGAUACAACGAAAAAGACGUCGAAAGUAGAGUGAUGAUGAUUUUGUUGUCUCGAUUCGAGCAUAGAUACACGUGACUGCGAUCAAAUGUUUUGGCUCGACCGCGUAACAAAACAAAACUGAUCGAGAAUUUUGUAUAUACUUGUUUUUAUUACUUUUUAAUAAAUUAAGAUAAGUCAGCGCGUAUAGAACAACACACGACAUGAAUUAUUACAGUCAAGAUGUAAUCAAAUGUUCGCAAUAAACAGAUAUUAUCUCUCUUUUACACGUAAUGCGUAACUCAUUUAUUUUCGCUUAUUUCAUGGGUUAAUAUACUUGUUUAUUUUUGCUCAUUUCAUGUGGGUUACAUAUACUUGAUUCAAAACACAUUAUAUAACUUAAUAUUAAUUAUACAUCUAUAUAUAAUCUCCCUCGCAAGAGAAAUGGAGAAGAUAUUGUAUAUUAUCACAAUACAAUCUAUACAUAGAUAAAGAAAUAAAAUUUAAAUAUAAUCUCUAUCAUAUACAUGUUUCAAACUCCACAAAAAAAAAACGAAUUUUUGUCUUGCCACAAUUGUCAAAAAAAUUGGCAUAACGCUUUCACAUUUACUAAAUUUAGAAACACUCGAUAUUUUUAAUUUCGCGCGUUGUGUGUGGAUUUUCUUGCUGCGCGCGUAAGUCGUCGAUCCAAAUAGGAGCAGGUUAAUUGUAAUUAUUUCAUAAAAUAAUCACACACUUCGAACAUAUUCAGCAAAUGUGAAAGCAUUAACGUCUCUUUACACACGUAACAAUAGCAAUAGGUAUUAAAUUUUAUCUAACAAAACAAAUGCAUGUAUAUAUUAAUUAAUCAAAUAGUAUUACGUAUAUAACGUGGCGUUAUAGUGGCUCGUAAUAACCGUUACCAUGUAUUUACAUUAACUAUGUAUAUCUAUAGAAAUCACGCUUGUGUCACUGCACACACAUCUUCCUUUUUCAAAAUUCGAAAACAAAUAAAAUGAACGUAUAUAAAAAUUAUCGCUUUGAAUCAUUUGAAUGUCAAACAAAAACGAUACAUGUGUAAAAAAUAACUUAGAAAAACUCAAUUUAAAAAAUAAAUUUUUUCUAUGUAUAACAUCGAGAAUGUGCAUUGAUGCAAAACAUCGCAUUGACAAUAAUAUUAUAUCGUUCGAUCCCUCUAUAAUCGUAAUAAUAAUUAUUCACUCAAAAAAGUUCGGUUGACACAGCUGAUACACACGUAUGCUUUGUAACAGACGGACGUGAGAAAAGAAAAAUUAACACUGAGGCUGUUUUUUGUUCUGAAAAAUGAGAAA